UUGUAGCAUCCCAAACGCAUUUAGGCCAGUCAUUUAAGAGAGGAAUAAACCAAGAGUCAGUUGAAAGUUAUUGGUCGGAUAAAACAUGGCUCCAGCUGUUGAUAAGACUAAAAAAAGCGCUGAAACGAAGGGAAAAGGCAAGAAUGAGAAAAAGGAAGAGCCCGAACUUAGUGAGGAAGACAAACAACUACAAGAUGAACUCAAUAUGCUUGUUGAGAGAUUAUCAGAGCAAGAUGUUUCUCUGCAUAAACCAGCUCUCGAAGCUUUAAGAACACAAAUCAAAGCCAGCACAAGCUCAAUGACAUCUGUUCCCAAGCCAUUAAAAUUCCUAAGGGUUCAUCUCAGUACAUUAAAAACGCUGCAUGAAGGCUGGACAGAUCAUUCAAACAAACAAUUCCUCUCAGAUAUAGUAUCAGUGCUUGCAAUGACAUAUACGGAAACGAAUGACUGUUUGAAGUAUAGAUUAUUGGGGUCUUCUGAUCUCUUUACAUCUUGGGGACACGAAUAUGUCAGGCAUUUAGCAGAGGCGAUAAGACAAGAAUAUAAUGAGCGCAUUGGUUCAGAAAAGUCAAUAGAUGAUUUGAUUGGUCUAGCCAAAGUGAUAAUACCAUACGACAUGCAACACAAUGCAGAGAUUGAUGCCUGUGAUUUAGCAAUGGAGAUUGAAAGGCUUGAUUUGCUGGAGGAGUAUGUUGAUAAGAAUACAUACAACAGAGUCUGUCUUUACUUGACAAGUUGUGUUAACUACGUCCCUGAGCCAGAAGACUCUGCUCUUCUUAAUUCGGCAAUCAGAAUUUUCUUGAGGUUCGAUCGCUUUCCUGAUGCUGCCAUGCUAGCUGUUAGACUCAAUGAUAUGGACAAAGUGAAGGAAAUUUUUAUGAAUAGUGCUGAAAGUGACGGGAAGAAACUUGUUCAGAAGCAACUGGCAUAUAUUCUUGGAAGACUAAAGAUUUUCUUAGAACUUGAUGAUGAGGCUGAUGAUGCGGAAGAUCUCACCGAAAUUAUCUCGAAUUCCCACUUGAACAACAACUUUCUAGCCUUAGCUCGUGAGCUUGACAUCAUGGAACCAAAGGUGCCAGAAGAUGUUUACAAAAGCCAUUUAGAUGCGCGCCCAUUCAGUACGUCCAGUGUGAAAAUGGACAGCGCUAAACAAAACUUAGCAUCGUCGUUCGUCAACGGUUUUGUCAAUGCAGCAUUCGGCAAAGAUAAACUGCUUACUGAAGAUGGAAAUAAAUGGAUUUACAAACAUAAUGAUCAUGGAAUGAUGAGUGCAGCAGCAGCUCUUGGUCUAAUUCUUCUUUGGGAUGUUGACGGGGGUCUAACGCAAAUUGAUAAAUAUCUCUAUUCACCAGAAGAUCACAUCAAGGCCGGUGCUCUUCUUGCAUGUGGAAUUGUAAAUUCAGGCGUCAAGAACGAAUGCGAUCCUGCGCUGGCAUUGCUGUCUGAUUACGUCAUGCAUAGCAACAACAACAUGAGGCUUGGUUCAAUAACAGGACUGGGCUUGGCUUACGCUGGAUCCAACAGAGAAGAUGUUCUUAGUUUUAUUUUCCCCGUAUUAUCCGAUUCUAAAUCCAGCAUGGAGGUGAUUGGCGUGGCAGCUUUGGCCUGUGGUCUCAUUGCAAUUGGUUCCUGUAAUGGUGACGUCACUUCCCUUCUUCUUCAAACAAUGAUGGAGAGGUCGGCGAGUGAGCUGAAAGAGAGCAGUGCUCGAUUCCUGGCGCUUGGCCUUGGUUUAGCGUACUUAGGUAAACAAGAAGCUGUAGAUGCGACAUUGGAAACUCUGAAAGUGGUUGAUGAACCAUUCGGAAAAUGGGCUUCAGUCCUCGUUGAUGUGUGCGCCUACGCAGGAACCGGAAACGUGCUUAAAAUCCAAAACCUCCUGCACAUAUGUAGCGAGCAUUUCGAGGGUGAUAAAUCAAAGGAUGAAAAGGAUAGCAAAGACAAAAAGGAUGACAAAAAGGACAAAAAGAAUGAAACAACGGAAGCUGAUGGAAGUCAUCAGGGAAUCGCCACUCUGGGAUUGGCUGCGAUUUCCAUGGGAGAAGACAUCGGCAUGGAAAUGUCUCUUAGGAGUUUUAACCAUUUACUACAAUAUGGAGAGCCCGUCAUACGCAGAUCGGUUCCACUGGCACUAGGGUUGCUGUCAGCCUCGAAUCCACGUUUAAGCAUUAUUGACACACUGAGCAAGUUGUCUCAUGAUCAUGAUGUCGAGGUUGCCCAUAAUUCGAUUUUCGCCAUGGGUGUUGUUGGGGCUGGCUCAAAUAAUGCAAGACUGGCUGGAAUGCUCAGGCAGUUAGCUUCAUAUUACCAUAAAGAUGCUAGCAACUUGUUCAUGGUUCGCCUGGCGCAAGGAUUAGUUCAUCUUGGUAAAGGAACGUUGACUGUCAGCCCAUAUCAGUAUGAUAGAGCAUACAUGUCCCCCGUCGCUGUUGGAGGCUUAUUAGCCACUCUCGUAGCAUUUUUAGACGUCAAACAAACCAUUCUUGGGAAGUCGCAUUACCUCUUGUACUUUAUGGUCGCUGCCAUGCAACCACGAAUGUUGGUGACGUUUAAUGAAGAAUUGAAACCUACGCCAGUUUCUGUUAGAGUUGGACAGGCAGUAGAUGUUGUAGGACAGGCAGGAAAACCAAAAACAAUAACUGGUUUCCAAACACACACAACGCCAGUUUUAUUAGCCCACGGCGAACGAGCUGAGUUGGCAACAGAAGAAUAUAUUUCGUUGUCACCAGUUAUGGAAGGGUUUGUUAUUUUAAAGAAGAAUCCAGAAUAUGACGAAGAGGAUACGAAAAAAUAGAACGUAUUGAGAGUUGUAAUUCACCAAAAAAAACCCAAGCUAGGGCUGUAAAGCUCUAUCGAGGCCCAAACGUGGGCGUGUAUUUAGUUUUCAAAUUCAGACACUUUUCAAGAUUAUCUCUAGCGAUUUCACUCUUGGUUCAUUAAUAAAAAAUAGAAUA